AUGGGUUCGCCCCAGAGUACCGAACAAGAAAAAGUGCUUUUGUCGGCGGUUGAGCAACUGAUGUCAGAUGAAUCGAUGCCACCGUAUUUAAAAACGAUUGUGGAUUACCUCCUUGAUGCUAAAGAAAAGAUUGAACUUCUAGCUACCGAAAACAAAGAGCUAUCGGCUGAAAUUCAAAAAUUGCGUGAUGAGAACUCUACUUUGCGUCGUUCAUUAUCUGUGGCCUCCAAACCUCCUCCUCAUAUUGAUCUCACAAAUCCUACACAGGUUUCUGAGGCUGUUAAUCAUUCCUCUGAUAGUUCUUGUUGUGAAUCUAAAGAAUUUGCUCGAUCUCUAGUGAUUAUCGGUGUUCCUGAGUCUUCUGAUUUUUUGGUUUCGAAUCGACUUUCUCAUGACUGGAAUUGUAUUAGAGUGCUUUUUAACUACCUCCAAAUUGAAUGUAUUCCUUUGUCGGUCUACAGAAUGGGUAGACCAUCUCCUCAUCGACCUCGGCUCUUGAAAGUAGUCCUUCCUAGCACAAAGUUUAGAGACGAAGCCCUUCGCCGUGCCCAUAAACUCAAAUAUUCACAGUUUAAGGGUACAUAUAUACGGCCCUCUCUGCCCAAAGCAGAGAGGGAAAAGCUUCGGGCUCUCAAACAACAGGCUAGGGAGAACUCCAACAAGCCCGGUAAAUCUGUUAACGCCCCAAUUGCAUGUGCUAAUUUAGCUUCUUCCCCCACUUCUGUUUUAGAUAGGUCUAUGAUGUCGGAGUCACUCCCCAAGAACUCUUCCUCUCUCGUUUUUCUUCUAUCGAACUUUUGCUAUGACCUCGCAGCACUAACCGAAACAUGGCUCAAGCCUGUUCAUGAUAGUUCCACAUAUCUUGGCAUUUUGGGACACGAGUACACUUUGGUACGUUGUGAUAGGCCACGAAAAGCCGGGGGUGGCGUAGCAUUUCUGGUCAGGAAAACCUUAUCUUACCACAUCGUUAUCAAAGAAGCUAUCAAGGACUCCUAUGAGAUACUGUGUUGCGAUUUCACUUUUCCUGAAUUAUGCAGGAUUGUUGUGUUAUAUAGGGCCCCGUCAUGCAAUCAAAUUAAAACUCUGCAGCUCUUCAAAGCUAUAACUGAUCUUUCAAUUUGUUCUUACCCGUUCAUUGUUAUGGGGGAUUUCAAUCUCCCUAACAUCGAAUGGACCAAUGAUGAAAUUAACAAUGUUGCUAGUCUCAAUGGAACUAUUUUACAACUUUGCAAAAGUUACAAUUUGAUGCAAUUUGUACCCACUCCCACCCGUGGAAGUCAUACUCUGGAUUUAUUGUUUUGCAAUAAGGUCGGUCUUAUCAGUGAAGUGGCCAUAAAUUCUCCCAUUGGUUCUAGCGACCAUGCGAUGAUAAGUUUCAGCAUCGAUAACCCUAGAUGUGAGCAUAAGCCCGUCUUCAAAAGAAAAUACACCAAGGCAGAUUACAACAAAAUCUGUAGUUACCUAUCGGAU